AUGUUCUAAAAUACCAACAGAGUGUUUUGCUAUUAUCAUUAUAUAAUCAGGAGCAAUAAUAGUUUUGAUGAUGUUGAUAUUAUUGAUGUAUCGAUAUUAAUAGUUCAUAAAUUGCAUCCAACUAUGAUAAUUGAUGUUGAACCAAUCAAAUUAAAUAAACUAUAAAAUUUAGCAAACUUAGAUAUGUCAUACGAUUCAACGAUGCUUUAACAAUGA